UUGUGUGUGUGCACGAGUGUGUGCGUGUACCUGUUUGCGUACCUCUGCCUGAUAUAAAUAGAGUGGGAUGUGUGCCGGCCUGUGAUUCUGUGAUAGACGAUGGCUGUACCAGGACCUCCUCUGCUCCUCUUUCUGUCCCUGCUGCUGCCGUUGCUGUUGAGCAAGGCAUCUCUGCCAGCAGCUGCAUACACACUCACCCCCGGACGACAGCCACAGCACAAGCUCCUCCACCUGGACUGGCCUAAGGAUUGUGGUAUGGCUCACUUUAAGCCCAACAUGGCUGAGAGGAUUGUUUCUGGUAAUGAGGCCAGACCUCACUCUUGGCCCUGGCAGGUCUCUCUGCAGGUUCUUCCCAGGGGAAGUAAAAAUUACAUUCAUGUCUGUGGAGGAACUCUCAUCCACAAGAACUGGAUCCUUACUGCUGCUCACUGCUUCCAAAAGGGUAAAGCUGAGGAUGCUGGGAGCUGGAGGAUUGUCCUAGGGAAGCACCAGCUGAAGCGCUCAGAGACGGCAGAGAGAAUUUUCCCCGUGAAGAGAAUCUACCGGCACGAGAACUUCCGUUACCCGACUCACAGCGAGCUGGACUACGACAUUGCCCUAGUGAAGGCUGCAACAGAUAUCGUCCCUUCAAACUUCAUCCGCUACGCCUGUCUGCCACGCAAGCAGACUAGCCUCAAUCCGGGACACUACUGCUGGGUCACAGGCUGGGGAGACACCCGGGGUGGGAAGGAGAAUGUGUCUCUGGCAGAAGCCCUGAAUCAAGCCCGUCUGCCCAUCAUUGACUUCAAGACCUGCCGGCAGAAGAAAUUCUGGGGUGAUCGUGUCCGAGACUCCAUGAUCUGUGCUGGGUUCAGGGACACUGAGGGCCCACCUGCUGCAUGUCAGGGUGACUCUGGUGGUCCUCUGCUGUGCCAGCAGGGGCAGGAUCGCUGGGAGGUGCACGGCGUGGUGAGCUUCGGCCCGAUUGGCUGCACCGUGGAGAAUAAACCCAGCGUUUUCACCCGCACCGCAGCGUACAUCCACUGGAUCGAGGCAACACGCAUCAGGGACUUCUUCCUGCACUAAGCGGGCCGCCUGACUCAUCGCUGACAGCAAACAUAAGCUCUGCUCUGUUUCAUGUCAACAGACAACUACAAUCUGUUUACCUAAAAGUCUCAAUGCAACAGUUCAUUCAACAAAAAGUAAAUACAUGUUCUCAAUGUGAAAUUGUUCUCUUACAAGUCAUUUUUUAAAUUCUACACUGCUCUGAUGUUAAACAGCAGAAAGUGGCAGAGCACUGGAUAGUAUACACUACACAUGAUAUCUUACAUCCAGUCUUCAUUUGAGCAAUUGGUUUAAAACAAAAAUCUUUGUCAAAAUUUCCCCAUUUCCUUUAAUAUAGUAGUUAAUACAGCGGAUUUGAUGGAGACACAAACAGCUUUACAGUGAUUCUUGCACAUUAAAACAGAGGCCGCUGCUUUUACGCUUCAAUAAAUACAGAGCAGAACCAUAAGGCUUAGUUCUGCGUUUGUAGAUCAUAGUUGAAAAUCUCUUUGCUCUUCUACUACAAGUCUUUCAGUCCAGAAUCAGUACAUGAAUCCACUGCCGUUCAUCUGAUGAACCACACACCCCAUAUGUCACAUGUCAUGUUACACAUUGGCUCUUUUAACCCAAAUAUCAUGGGUUCAUUGAUUCAGGAUAAGCAUCAAUGAAGACUAAUAAGCCUCCCAUAAACAAUAUAACAAAUGACACACCUCUAUAAAACAUCCUCACAGAGUAUUGUCAUUACUGAUUAGAUCAGUGACAAGAACACCUCAGAG